UCACAGUACAAUCACAGAAAUAUGGCGCUGCACUCGUACUGUUAACAGCUUUCGGCACAGAUAGUUGAUAGUGGAAGCACGCGAGAAAUGUUUCCGUAUUCAGUUUAUCUUUUGCAAGAAUCAAAGCGCUGCAGAAGCCGAAUUGAUCGUUUAUGUCAUCGAGCCGCUGUCAGAGCAGUUGACACAGAAGAAGGUCUGAGUACAUCGGGCGUUAAUGCUCCAUGCAUCGGUGAGAACCAUCACACAAACACUGCCGCUUUCAGCAAGUGGAGUCAUGCAGCAUGGGGUGCCAUUGCUCUGAUGAAAAGACUGAGGAGCAAAAACUUGAGGAUGAACUUCUGCUCCUGAAGAAAGCCAAGGCUGAGAAGCUGUUCAAAGCAGCCAUGAGUUAUAUGUUGUCUGGAGGAAUGGCACAGGAUCACAAUGCAGUGAUUGAAAUGUCGCUGAAGCUGGCCAGCAUAUAUGCCUCCCAAAACAAGAACGAGUUGGUGAAGCAUGGCUUCCAGUUCUGCACAGAGUCUUUAGAGGCCAAGAUUGAUAAAUAGAAGGACCUUCCACCAGAAAGCAUGUGAGAUGAGGAGCGUAAAGACACCAUGUUGCUGCUGGGUCUUAGUCUUGAUGCAAGGGUGCGUUAUUUGGCAGCUAAUCAGCAUUUCACAGGGGCUUGCAGGGAUUACCGGCAUGCCCUGCGGAUCUGCCAGGAGGCGCAAGGAGAGUCCCACCCACAGGAGAGUUUGAGGAGUCUGGUAAACUGUACCAGGAAUCUCUGGCCCUGGAACAUGCAGCUGGAGAAGGAGAGGCUGUUGAGCAGCUUCAGGAAGGGCUGAAAGAGCUGGCCAACAGGAGAGACAGGCAUACCAAGAGCAAAACUGAGGAACAGGAGCUUAAAGAAUGAUCCAAACACAAUGACUGUACACACACACACUCCAAGUUUGGAAGUAUUUUAUACUCCCAUAAAACUCAACGUUAGAACAAAUUGGUCAUGCUUGUGGAAGAAUGGCAUUCUUUGGAGCUUACUGUUCACUGGUUGCCAUUUCACAUGUUUUCCACCCUUUUGUGCCCUCAUUCAACAGUACACAGCAUACAAUGUCCGGUGCACUUUUUAUGCCUUACCUGCCAUCAGACUUGUUUUUGUACUGUAGUCUGGCUCUUAAAUUGAUUUAUUUAAAUGGACAUAAAUGGUUCCUAUGCAAAACAGAAUGAGGGAUGAUAAUGAAGACAAAUGAUCUACUAAUAUAAUCUAAUGUCUGAUUUUCUGCACAUCAGGGCAGCUCAUCAUUGGUCUACUGAAAUUAUGUGCAAUGGAGCGUUUCUAUGUAAUAAUCUUAUUCAAAGCCAACCUGUUGUGUUAUGUGUUUGAUGUAAGAAGUGACUUGAUAAAACUUUGAA